AGGUGUCGACAGCCGGUGCCAGUGCCAGGCACUGGGUGCCCGGGGCAGGAAGAGCCAAGGCUCAGACCACAGGUGCACUCUUCCACCCUAGCUGCAGGUACUGGCCUACUGACGGACCACUCAGUGAUUCUCCCCUUGAUCUCCAACCCUUCACUGGCUGGGCACUGCCACUAUGGCACAGACAGAUGUGCUCCUGACCCAGCAGCCAGCCCCACAGACAGUACCACCCUGCGCACUGCCGCCCAAGGAGUAUGAGGUGGCCUGUAACACAGGAGUCCACACAUCCUCGGGCCUGGCCACCACCGGCUUCCGAACGGCCAAGUACCUGGCGGAUGAGUGGUUUCAGAACUGCUAUGCCCGCUACCACCAGGCACUGGCUGACCGAGACACGUCGGAGAGGCAGCGGCAUGAGAGCCGGCAGCUGGCAGCAGAGACAGAGGCUCUGGCUGAGCGCACGCAGCAGGACUCCACACGCAGGCUGGGAGAGCGCUUGCAGGAUGCCCACUGCUGGAAGUCAGAGUUACAGCAGGAGGUGGACGCGCUGGCCGCAGAGACUGACCUGCUGCAGGCCCAGAAGCAGCGGCUGGAGUGCGCCCUGGAUGCCACCUCCUUGCCCUUCUCCAUGGCCUCGGACCAGCUGCAGUGCUGUGAGCGCCGCCAGCACCCUGACCUUGUGCGUGACCAUGUGGAGAUGGAGUUGCUGAAGGAGGCUGAGCUCAUCAGGAACAUUCAGCAGCUCCUGAAGAGAACCAUCCUCCAAGCUGUGGACCAAACACGGCUGAACAGGGAGCACAAGGAGACGUGCGAGAGGGACUGGUCGGACAAGGUCGAAGCCUACAACAUCGAUGAGACCUGCUGUGGCUACCACAGCCAGAGCACCGAGGUGCAGCUCCACCCACACUCGGCAGCCUUCGAGGAGAGCGCCUCCACGCCCGAGACUUGGGCGCACUUCACGCGGGACAACCUGCUCCGCGCUGAGCGCGAACGCCAGGCCUCAGCCAACCUGCGGACGCUUAUCGACGCCAUCCUUCGGGACACGGCCGAGGACCUGAGGCUGCAGUGCGACGCUGUCAACCUGGCCUUUGCGAGCCGCUGCGAGGAGCUGGAGGAUGCGCGCCAAAAGUUGCAGUACCACCUGCAGAAGACACUACGGGAAAUCACUGACCAGGAGCAGCAGGCUGCAGCACUAAAGCAGGCCAUCAAAGACAAGGAAGCACCUCUGCGGGUUGCCCAGUCCCGCCUGUACCAGCGCUCCCAGAGGCCCAACGUGGAGCUGUGCCGAGAUGCUGCCCAGCUCAGGCUGCUGAGUGAGGUGGAGGAGCUGAACCUGUCCCUUUCCCUGCUGCGGGAGAAGCUGCAGGAGGCCCAGCAGGCACUGCACAACCUGGAGGACACUCGCAUGUGCCUGGAGAAGGACAUUGCUGUCAAGACCAACAGCCUCUUCGUGGAUCGCCGGAAGUGCAUGGCCCACCGCACCCGAUACCCCACUGUCCUCCAGCUGGCUGGCUUCCAGUGACUUGCGACCGCUGCACUAUUCUGCCCCCAAAUAAAAAACAC